UCUCUGUCUCUCUCUCUCUUUCUGCUUUUUCUCCGGCUAUCCCCAAAAAACAAAAAUCAAAAGCUCUAAACUUUCCGUUCUUUGGCCGGUGAGAAAGGGUGUUUCUUCUUCGACCCUCUUUUCCUUUCGUUUAGCUUUGCAUGUAGAUGCUCUUUGAUAAUCCUAGCUCUCCUCCACGUUGACUCUUCCUAAUGGCGAAUAACCCAAAUGAAGCCCCGGCGGAUGAUUUCUUCGACCAAAUCCUGGGUCUACCAAACUUCGCGUCGGCUGAUACUGGGUUGGCCGGAGCUGACGGUGGAUUAGCGGGUUCGGCUGCUGCUGGCGCGCCGAUGAUGCUGCAGCUGAGUUCCGGAGAUGGGUCCGGUCACCUUGGUGGAAUUGGGGGUGGUGGAGGAAACGCGUUUCAUGGGCAGGUGUUUCCUCUGGGGCUGAGUUUGGACCAGGGGAAAGGUGGGCUCUUCAAACCGGAGGAGGCCUCUGGUAGUGGGAAGCGGUUUCGUGUUGAGGUUGUUGAUGGCAGAGCUGCUGCUGCUUCUGUGAAAAAUAUUUUCCAUGGUCAACCAAUGUCAGCAACAGUUGCUGCAGCACCACAUCCCCCUACAAUGCGACCGAGGGUGCGGGCUCGACGAGGACAGGCUACAGAUCCACACAGCAUUGCUGAGCGGUUGCGCAGAGAAAGGAUAGCUGAAAGAAUCAGAGCUUUGCAAGAACUUGUUCCUAGUGUCAACAAGACUGAUAGAGCAGCCAUGCUUGACGAAAUUGUAGAUUAUGUGAAGUUCCUGAGGCUUCAAGUUAAGGUUUUAAGCAUGAGUAGAUUGGGCGGCGCUGGUGCGGUCGCACCACUUGUUACAGACAUCCCACUAUCAUCAGUUGAGGAUGAAAGCGGCGAAGGAGGAAGAAACCAACCAGCCUGGGAGAAAUGGUCAAAUGAUGGCACAGAGCGGCAAGUAGCCAAGCUCAUGGAAGAAAAUGUGGGAGCUGCCAUGCAAUUCCUUCAGUCGAAAGCUCUUUGCAUCAUGCCCAUCUCGCUUGCCACGGCAAUCUACCACGCUCAACCACCAGAUACCUCAUCCAUUGUCAAGCCAGAAACAAAUCCUCCAUCCUAGACCAAGAAAAGGGUAUGCAUCCCACCCUCUCUCCCUCCCUCCAGGUUCCCCACAUAUUAUUUUUGUCCAAUCCAACCCGACAAAAAUAAGUUGUCUGCUCAGUUUCAAAAUGCAAUCAAAGUCAGAUACCAUAGUUAUUGCUUUUUUUUCCUUCCUUUCCAACUUUUCUUUUUCAAAACAGGGUUCGAUGUCAAUGCCUAAAAAAUUAACAGGCAGGCCCUGUCAUAUCUUGACAGGUUCAAGUAAAGGAGAAGAAUUGUCAAAGCUCACUUGAUGCUCUUCUUUUUUUCUCUUUUACCAUUGGUGGGGAUAGUGGAAAAUGAUGGAAGCAACUUUUAUAGUGGGGGCUCUGAUUUUUGGUAGUGGGUUGUGGGACAUCCUAAAGGGUUAGAUAGAGUAUAUAAUAUUGUGAUAUGCUAUUAUUGUAGUGUAUUUUAUUUCAGAGGAAAUCAAUGCAGAAGUAGAAAGGAUAUUGGGUUGGCAUUGUUGGUGUAGUCCAAUGGAUAUUGAUGGUGCAUACUUUGUCUAAAGGGGGGUUAUGUUUCCAAAAGCAAUUUGACUUCUUUUUCUUCUAUUCUCUUGUUUCAUUAUUGGAUGAUAAAUCAUUGGAGAGAGG